AGUCGACGCGACGCUCGACGGCACGGCAGCAGAGAAAGCCAACAGCAUGGCUCCACCACCAUGGCCGGUCGUAGCGCUGCUGCUCUGCGCCGCGCUAGCGUUCGCGGCGCGGCCGAGCUCGGCCGUGGACCCGGUGGGCACGUACUGCGCCAAGAACUUCACGGGCGCGCAGACGCAGGCGAGCAUCGCCCAGGUCCUGGCCGCGCUGGUCCCGCGCGCCUCCGCGGCCUACUACGCCACGGCGACGGCCGCCGGCGGCGGCGGCUCGGCCACCAUCUGGGGCCUGGCGCAGUGCCGCGGCGACGUCCCGGCGUCCGACUGCGCGCUCUGCGUGGCGGCGGCGGCGCGGCAGGCGGCGGCGUCGUGCCGGGGCCAGGCGGACGCGCGGGUCUGGUACGACUACUGCUUCCUCCGCUACGACGACGCCGACUUCCUGGGCCUGCCGGACACCGGGUACGCGCUCAUCCUCAUCAACACCAUGAACGCCACCGACCCGGCCGCGUUCGACCGCGCCGAGCGCAGGCUCAUGGCGCGCGUCGCUGCCGACGCCGCCAGCGCCGGGCUGGCCAGGGAGACGGCCAGGUUCGGCUCCGACGGGACCACCAUCUACGGCCUCGGCUGGUGCACCAGGGACAUCACCGCCGCCGACUGCGGCCUCUGCGUCGCGCAGGCCGUCGCCGAGCUCCCCAACUACUGCCGCUUCCGAAGGGGCUGCCGCGUGCUCUACAGCAGCUGCAUGGCUCGCUACGAGACCUACCCUUUCUUCUUCCCGGUCACCGGCGCCGGCGCCGGCGCCGGCGCUGACGCCUCCUCCUCCCACGCCGGCGAGUACGAGACUGUCGUCUUGACGAACCACAAAUAGCAGUUCCAACUCUCAAGCUAGCUAGUAGUGUACGAUUACGCUUCCUGUUUGUUAAUCGCGCGCGGUAAAUCAAUCGUGCAAUAGCUAUAUGUCACCUAUUAUUUGUUGCACUUAUGAUGAUAAAUGUAGAGUAAAUAAAUAUGGAUGCUUGCUUGUUGCAUCGCAUGCAGAACUGUACUAAUACAAUAUAUAUAUAGAUGAUGGAAAUUGUUGCUGAAA